ACUGAAAUACUUUCAAAGCGCUAAACUCAUCAAAUGUGGAAUGUCCCCUCAAUGUGAGCUACUCCAUUCCGGACGCUCUUUACGUGGGCUGUUUACUAACAAUACCCCCCAACACACACAAACAGUCUGCAGCCGGUGGCUCUAGCAGGGAAAGCUCCAGCUCCACCGACACGAUGUUGGUCACGGCGGUAGUUGCCCUACUCCUCGUUGUCACAGUCCACGCUGAGAACUCGUACCUGAUCACAGCAACGAAGCGGAUUACCCUAGGACGGCCGUUCGUCGUCAACGUCAACAUCCUAAACGCCAGUUCUCUCGUCGACGUUGAUAUCAGCAUCGUCCAUGCCUGGUACAACAACACCGACUACGUGAAGACACCAAUCACCACCGUCACACGACGUUUCAAGCAGGAUGCGCCAGACACUGUUACACUGGUCGCGCCACAAGCAACUGUCAUUGGAAGUUACCUGCUGAAGGUGAAGGGGUCAGGGGGACUCAUCUUUGAGAGAGAGGAACGCCUCACUAUAGCCAGGAAGACCAUAUCAGUGUUCAUUCAAACCGACAAGGCCAUGUACAAGCCAGGACAGCGAGUUCAUUUCAGAGCUUUUGCCGUAUACCCAGAUAUGAAGGUGUACCAAGGCAAAAUAGAUGUCGACAUAUAUGAUCCACGAAACAACAGAAUUCGCCGCUGGGUUUCGCUGCAGGAUGGGACAGGGGUCAACCACAGAGACAUAUUGCUCAGUGACCAGCCGGUUCUUGGGGACUGGAAGAUAGAAGUCACCGUUCCUGAGUUUGUAGGUUUAAACGAAAAGAAAACAUUCACAGUCCAACAAUAUGAGUUGCCAAAGUUUGAGGUGAAGGUAGAGUUGCCUCCCUUUUCUCUAACAACUGACAUCGACCUUUCCGGAACCGUCAAAGCCAACUACACGUAUGGAAAAGGAGUCAAAGGCAUGGUGGAACUGAGGGUGUUUGUCGGCGCCAUCAGGAACUCCUGCGGGAACUUUGCAAGAUCAGUUCUGAAGACGUUUCCAAUUGAUGGCAGUGCCCGGUUCUCGGUGUCCAUGGGAGAGAUCAAGAAGCUGCAGUCGUACCUGAACCAGCAAACGGUGACUGUACUGGCAGAGGUCAAGGAGGACCUAACUGGGAAGACACUCAACGGCUCCUCAAACGUUGUCUACUACACUGACCCCUACAAGAUCACCUUCCUGAAUUCCAGCCCCAGUAACUUCAAGCCGGGUCUACCUUACAGGGCCUACGUGAAAGUGACCCAACAAGAUGACCGUCCAAUCUCUGAUGCGAACUCCACCAUCCAGGUGUACACGUGUGUAGACUAUAGGCGAACGGAGGCCUAUCAGAAUCGCUAUGAGUGCAACGCCUUCACCGGCAGCUAUUCCCUGCCUAUACUUAACCUCCGGAUACCUGAGAAUGGCAUUAUCCCUCUGGACCUUGAUAUACCGGACAAUACAACAGACGUUAAGAUGAGGGCUUACUACAAGAACAUCCACGCCUCCAAACAUCUUUCCGAGAGUCAUUCGCAGAGCGACACCUUUGUUCAAGUCAGGCUCCGCACAGCUAAUCUGAAAGCUGGUGACAACGCCGAGUUUGAAAUCCAGGCGACAUCUCCACCUGGAAAGGUAGCAUACCAGAUUAUGUCGCGUGGGGUUGUGGUGAAGGGUGGAAUAGUACGCCCCAUCUCCACCGAAGACAAAUCCCUCAUUCUCAACGUUCCCGUCCUCGCCACGAUGUCUCCCACGGCACACAUCCUCGUUAAUUUCGUCACACCCGACGGGGAAAUCGUUGCUGACUCCAUCAGCUUCAACGUGGACGGAGUCUUCGCCAACAAAGUUGGUAUCGCCUACAGCACCAAGAAGGCGGAGCCCCACACGGAUGUGACAGUCGACAUCACGGCGGAUCCCCAAUCAUCUGCCUUCCUUUUGGCCGUUGACCAAAGCGUGCAGCUUCUUAAAACCGGAAAUGACAUCUCAACAGACCAGGUGAUGAAGGAACUCAGGGAGUAUGAUUACACCGCCCCAAGGGUUGACUUCUUAAGAUGGAGUUUCCCGGUUCCAACAUCCGGCACGAGUGCAACAGAAAUUUUCCAGAGAGCUGGAGUCAUUGUCAUCACUGAUGCACAGCUGCACUAUUUUGGUAGAGAUUCGAGGCGUGAAUAUAAUUUUAGAACAUCGGGUCGUUCGGGAUCGGGACGUGCCAAACGCCCCCGUGUUUCCAGCAAGUCCAGGGAAAGGGGAUACGCUGCACCCACUUCCCCUGUCCUGAAGAAGGUAGAGAGAGUCAGAGAGAUCUUCCCGGAGACGUGGUUGUGGCUGAAUACCACAGUCGGACCGGACGGCCGGACAUCGAUCCAGACAACUGUCCCUGACACCAUUACAUCCUGGGUGGCCAGUGCCUUCGCCAUCAGCCCACGCUCCGGACUCGGAGUAGCACCUACCUCGGCGAAGCUUCAAGUGUUCCGGUCCUUCUUCGUCAGUCUGAACCUGCCGCUGUCCGUGGUGCGCGGGGAGCAGGUGGUCCUCCAGGCCAACGUCUUCAACUACCUGCCCUCAGUGGAAGAGGUAACCGUUGAGCUGAAGAAAAACAGCGGUUUCCAGAGUGUCGUUAUUGGUUCUGGUGGUGAAGAAAACCUGACCUCUGAACCACAGCUUCAGACGUAUAUGGUCGGCCCAGGUGAAGCCAAAGCUGUUUACUUUCCAAUAGUUCCUUCAAUCAUUGGCGAUGUCGAAAUCGAGGUCUCCGCCAGAUCCCCAGCAGCAGCUGACGCCGUCAAGAGGCAACUGAGAGUGAAGGCAGAAGGUAUCAGGAAAGAAAAAAACAUCCCUGUUCUCGUUGACCUGACAUCAGACAAAACGUUCUCCAAGACGAUUAAGGUUUCCUCUCCACCUGGACUUGUUGAGGGGUCUGAAAGAGUUCGGCUCACAGUGACCGGAGACCUGCUUGGCCCAAGCCUUGAUGGGAUGGAAAACCUCCUGUCCCUGCCAACUGGAUGUGGGGAACAGAACAUGCUGAAGUUUGCUCCCAAUAUCUACAUCGCCAACUACCUUGAAGCGACCAACCAAAUGACAAGGGCGUUGGAGGAUAAGAUCAAGUCCUAUCUGGAAGUUGGCUACCAACGUCAACUGUCCUACCAGAGAAGUGACGGGUCAUUCAGUACUUUCGGGGAGCGAGAUGAGGCCGGAAGUGUGUGGCUCACCUCUUUCGUGGUGAAGUCGCUUUUCCAGGCUCGCCAAUACAUCUACGUCGACAAUUCCACCAUUGACAAAGCCCUCAGCUUUCUCGCAGACAUGCAGACGAGUGAUGGCGCUUUCGUGGAACCGGGCAGAGUUAUUGACAAACAGCUACAGGGUACCAAGGGCUCCGGACCAGGUCUCACUGCCUACGUGCUGAUUGCCCUUGUUGAGACUUCAGGACACAAUGGUUCACGGGUCAACAGCUCACGUCUCCAGGACAUACAGCAGAAAGCUAUGACGUACCUUGAGAGGCAAGACUUUCAGCAUUUGGCCCAAUACCCCCUGGCUAUCACCACAUAUGCCCUGUCUAAGGCCGGGAGCAGAUACUCUGGGAGAGCCUUCCUUCAGCUCAAGAAAGUGGCUAAGAACAAGGAUGGUAAGAAGUAUUGGGAUGUGAAUACUGAUGCCAACGAGAAAAAGGCCGAAGUGAAAACGGAACCAAUCGACAUACUGACGACGGCCUACGGCCUAAUGACCUUCGUCUCCCACAAUAAGUUCAGCCCUGGAAUGGGCAUCAUGCGCUGGCUGUCGGCACAGAGGAACCCAAGGGGUGGAUUUAUAUCCUCUCAGGAUACGACUGUAGCCCUCGAGGCUCUGACCCUGUUCAUGGUAGGCGCGCAGCCUGACAACUACAACGUCAGACUCCAACUCACAGCCGGGGAUGAAGUCAGGACCAUCACCGUCAACAACAAAAACGCCCUCGUCCUACAGAGCAUCGACCUGACAUCCAUUCCACCCGAGUUGAAGGUUUCCGCAGAAGGCACUGGCUUUGCUGUUGUUGAGUUGGGCCUGUUUUACAACGUAGAGUCUGUGGCUGACGACAGUGACGUCUUUGAUGUCAGCACAGUGCUCCUCGACGACACCAUCAACGGCUUUACUCUCAUGACAUGUGCCAAACAUCUCCAGGACGGUUCGAGUGGGAUGUGUGUUGAGACCAUCCAGAUUCCAUCCGGGUUUACAGCUGAUCUCUCCAGUGCAGGCAACAUAGCGGGACUUAAACGCCUAGAACAGACUGACGGUCAAGUCGUCGCCUACUUUGACUCGGUUGGGAAGACCUCUACAUGCAUGAAGCUGUCUUGCUCCAGGGUGAACAUGGUGGCCAAGAACAAACCUGUGUACAUUUCCAUGGUGGACUAUUACAAGCCAGAUGAUAGCACUGUGGUCUCCUACCAUCCUCGUAGACUUCAGAAGUCAAGUGUCUGCGAGAUAUGUCCCCAGUGUUCCGACUGUAAUUAACAGUCCUAGACAACGUUGGCAAAUGGCGCCCACAGAUCAGCCUGACGUUUCAACAAGACACACAGCUUAUAACUGCUCUAGUGUCGAAAGUUGAAAUAUUACAGUGACACUGGAUGAUGACAUUCCUGUGCGUGUAUUUUCAUAUCGGAAUGCAUCUCCCAAAAACUGUACCAAGACCUGCCUGAAGUUGACGCAGAGACCCGGUCGUGUAAGGUCUCAUCAGGGAGAUGAUCACCAUGACACUCUGGUGCGGGUUAAAUAUAAAACCAGUGCCUGACUCUCAUACAAUACAUCAGACAAAUAUUUUAUAUUGAAAUAGUUUAUAGCCUUAAUGCGUUAUACCCGUACACAAUUACAUACGCCAAUUGCUCGCUCAAGAUUCAAUUCCAUAUAUGAUUCCAAACACACUUUUGUGUCUCUCACUUUAUUCUUAUAACUCGACACCGAUGUAUAAUAACUUUCCCUUCACACAUACAUGGCUUGGAAAUUGAAUAAAGGCUUAGUAGUGCUGUAUUUCCUGGGAGAAUCA